UGUCCAACUGAUGGGCCUGCUUUCCCAAAGAAGCUCAGGAACGUCCCUGACCUGAGCUUUAAAAGCAGAUGUUCCUCUGUGUCUUCUGAGUGGGCAUCAGUAAAAGUUAUCCCAGAGGAAGAGAUGACUGAACACAACCUUCUGGCUGUUCGGGUGAUGGUCACCAGUGAUGGGAGCAGCUCAGAAUUAGAACCUGAUUUAAAUGGCGAUCCAACCAUUUCUGAACUGAAUGAAAGGCCAUUGCCUCAGGCCAGGAGCUCCGCCAUGUCUUCACGAGCACCUCUGUUGCUAAACACAAGUUUGAUAAAGAGAGAGAAAGAGUCCAAAGCCAUGCAUGCUCUCCAACGAGCUUACAGUCUUCGAGACACUUCUACAUCGAGAAAAUACCAACACUGGAAAAAGAAAAUCCAGUCAAAUUUCCCUCUAUUGUACAGCAAGAAGCAUGGCCCAUCUUUGAGGGACGCCUCUGCCAACCUUCACAGUGAUGCUGCUGUGGAUGAUCUCUUAGAGAAAGAGUUGACUUCUCCCAAUGAGAUCCCAGAAAUUACAGGCGGGCGUUUUGAGGCCCACCGCUCAACAUUUCAUACGAAAAGGAAAGCCGCAGAUAUAUCUGGAGAAAUCCCUGCCUAUAUUCCUCAUUAUUCACUUCACAAUGACAGCAAUCUGUUUACACAUAGCAAAUCUUUUUGCCACCACGAUCAGACAUCAGCUCCACGUUGUCCUCCUCAGCUUGGAGUCAAAGCCUGUAGCACUGAAGAAGGCCAGUAUUUAGGAAACCAGGUAGUGAACAGAGAGCAACUGGCCCCAGAACUCUUUCCAAAGGAUCCAGAUACAUCCUCUGUAAACCUUGAUGUGGGAGAUCGGACUGCUUCACCGCCUGCCAGGGAACAGCAGGACAGACAUUUAAACAAAGCUAAAAACAAGAUAAUGAGGAAAUUAACUCUUUCAAUGGGGCAGCAACCCAAACUACUUGCUAUAAAUGGUGCUGAACCAGAAGAGACAAGCCUAGGAGAGCAAGGUGAAGAAGUCAUUCCAGGGCAAAAGAAUGCUUAUUUUUAUAGCUAUGAGAACAUACCAAAGCAGUCGAGCAGUGAUUCAUCUCUUACAGUCUCAGAUAAACAUUGGCCAAUUUUAUUUCCUGAACACAAACAUCCAAAGAAUGUUGAUAACUCUUCCAAAGAAUCUGCGACCACCCAGCCCAAAUCACCAUUGAGGCUAAUUGCUAAUGCUAUAAAGAAAUCUAUCUUGGAACCUUUUAUGUCUUCUCCUGAAAAUCUAAAAAAGAGCCCUGAUACACAUGCCAAAAUUCAUUCGGAAAACACAUUCUUCAAAUUCCCUCCUAGCCCAACUGACUCUGUAAGUGUAAAAAACAGCAAAAAUAGUGCAGACUGUGAUGUGCAAACUCAAGAACUUCAUAUUUUGAGGCAUUCAGGAAAAAGACAUGGAAUCAGAAGUUCAGAUACAUCUGAUUUUGCCAGUAAUCCAAAAGAGGAAUGUUCAUGGGAUGCCUUUCCUGUUUACAGUGUGCAUAACAGCCUUUCCAAGCAUCCCCAUAAGUCUAAACAUGCUUCUACCGAUGUGGAAGACGUGCCAACACUUCUAGAAAAGUUUACCCUGAAAGAGAACCUGUGGAGGUCUGCCAAAGAUGACUGGCAUGCACAUCAUCAGAAAAACACAAUGCAGUCUUCUUUACAGUACAGGGAUAAAACUGCCAGUGCCACUUCAGAAAGUUGUGUACAAAGGAACAAUGUGUGGAACCUGUUCAGCAGCUUCAGGAGUAAAGUAGAUGAUAAAUUGAACACCCCUUCUUCAGCCCCAACGGUGUCACCCUGUACUAUCUUUGAUGUUGAUGAAGUACUAAAUAAUUCUUCAAAAGGAGGACACUUGGGUUCUGAACAUCUGCCUGUCGGAAAACAAGGAACUGACUAUUGUUCUUCAUCUUCUGAUGAUGAAUUAGAAUACAACCCUUUACUUUCACCCACGAUAAAAAGAUCUCUUAGAAGAAGGAGGAAGCUGGAAAAGGAAACAAAGCAACUAGUUAAACAAGAAGAACGGAAAAGACUUCACAAAGCACAGAUUAUCCAGCGGUUACUGGAAGAAGUGGAGGAAAAACAGAAAGCUGUGGAGGUGUAUGGUGUUCAGCUAGAGAGGGAGCUACGAGGAGAAUCAGAUUCAAGCACACAAGACGACUCUCAGCUGCUACAUGAAUGGUUUGGCCUGGUGUUGGAAAAGAAUAAAUUAAUGCGCUAUGAAUCGGAACUGUUGAUCAUAGCCAAAGAGCUAGAAUUAGAGGAUCAUCAAAACUGACUCAAAGAGGUCUGAGAAAGAAAGAUGGCAACUGAUGGAUCUACGUGGUUGAAUGUGAAACAGUGGAGGAUAAAAGGAGCAGAAGAAAGACAAACAUCUUCCUUGGAAGAACAGAAGGUGGUAAAGAAAUAUGAAAGGCAGCAUUUUGGAGGCUUAUUGGGAUACAAAUUCAGAAAGACAAAUCCUUGUCCUUCCAGUAUGAUGAACACCUGCUUUGCAAGAUUUGAUUAAAAUUUUAUUGCAGAAGAAGGAACUGUGUGCUGUGAGUAUAAAUGGAAGUAAUGGUGCUUCUACCAAGCAUUAUGAAAAUAACUCCCGACUUCCAUCAAUCUUUAUGCAGAAAGCAUAAAUGAAUUCUGUGGAUGCCUUAUCUCGUAUACUUCCACUAAGGACAGGGUACUGAAAGUAGUCGUGGCUUUUCACUUCCUCCAAUGUUAAUUCUGGGUUUUCAAAAUUUACACAGGUACAGCUUAGUUUGCCCUAAAGACUAUAGCUGGCUAAAUGUAUUCAUUGAUACAGAAAAGUGGAUAGGUUGUGUCUUUGUAUAUAUUCUAUUUCAUAGGUAGAAAAGAAAAAAUGUUCCAGUGUUUAAAAAAAAAGAUGCAGUAAUGGAAAAAGUUUGUUUACAAAUUAUAUGUGUAUAUUGUAAAUAAUCAGAGAAAGUGUUACUGCACUGUUAAAUGGAUGUAACUUACAUAAUUUGUUUACAAGGCAUAGUAUUUAGUAAAUGAAAUAACAGUAGUAAAAAAUUGCCAUUUGUAACAGUUUAAGUUAAUAUCAACAGAAUUUUUCAUAAUAAAAUGCACAAGGAUCAAGUGAAUAUUUGCCAUACAACAUACUGGCAGAAAUAUGCAUUUUCAAGAUAUUUUCACAUCAUAGAUUGUACUUAUAUAGGUAUUGUAAUUUGGUUGUAUAUAAAAAUCAGAAUUAUGAUGCUGUGUAUCAACAAACAUACACCUGUAGACAAAACUGAUCCUGUUCUUUUUUAUGAUGUUGACAGUAUUCACUAGAAAAUCUGUACAAACAUAUCCGUAUUUAAGCUGCUGCUGGAGACUAAUGCACAAAUAAUAUAUCUCAGGUCAAUACAAUGGCAAAUAAGCUUACAGGGUUGCUAUGAUGGGCUCAGUCCACACACACUGAAACUCUACUGAAAUAGCUGGACCUUCUGCAUGCUGGGAAGUGGUUCAGGCCAACUGGCAUGCAGAUAGAUCACUCAAACUUCCAUUUAUCACUUUAUGUAGUUUGGAAAGUCUUUUAUAAUAUGUUCAUUGCAUUUUGUAGAUGAUUUUUAAAAAACUCAUUAUGAGGAUCUGCAAAAAUAGGGUUUUAAAAAAUGUUUUUACUUUAUAUUCUAAUAGGAAAGAUUAAGCUUUAUACAGUAUAACAAAGUGUAAUACACUUAAUAGUUGAUGCUGCUUAUUGCUGAGUAAUAUCAUAUGUUUGCUGAAGGGACUCAGUAAAACCUUUUUUGUCUUGACCUAAAGACAGAUACAAAUGGAGUUUGUUACAAAUAAUGUGUAAACUAACUUAGAAAGCUUGGCAAUUGUUAUGCUACAGCUCCCAGAAUCCCCAGCUAGAAUGGAGUCUGGCCAUGGAACUGGGGAGCUAUAGUACAAAACAGUAAAUUUUUCAAGAUCUGGCCAAUGCAAUGAAAAUGAAGGCCUGAUUCAGAGCCAGGAAGUUUAGAGCUGCAUUAGAGUAAGUUGCAUUACGCCUUGUUCUUGCCAUCCCCUCGAUUACGAGAGGAGAAAAGGUAAAUUUUGCUCUAAAACACAACUGCAGUUCCCCUUUCACUUUGAAGUUGGAGGGAUCUGUGCUUUGUUUCAGCUAAUGAGGCUUAGAACAAACCACUCUUCCCUGACUUUAUAUGCAAUGCGUCAUGACAAUUUGCUCCACAAUGGAAGGUAUAGCAUUUUUCUUCUCUUGUACAUGGACGAUGAGAAAAGGGGAGCACCAUGAGGUUACACAAGGCCAUGUUCCAUUCCUGAUGUUUUGAAGAUGUUUAAAACGGAUCAAAGAAUCCUAAUUUGGAAAAAUCACUAUGGCUGGUAGAGAGGAGGGGGAAAUAAAUACAAUAUUUAUGUAUUUAUUUUUGUGUAGUAUUUGCAUAACGGGGUAAUUUAUAAACAUAUUUAACAUCUGGAUGUCUGUCCUUUCCUGUUUCAGACAGUAACUGAAACACCAGAGCUGCUUUAUCAUAUAAGAGGGAAUUGUACCAAAUUUAUUUUUAAAAUUGAGAGCUACAGGAUAUUGGGUUUUGCAUUUGUAUAUACUGGAUUUACUUUUCUCACAAUAUAUGUGUAUUGUGACUUGUGAGUCACAUAUUAUUGU